AUGCGGAUGUUAAACUUAAUGUCUGGUAGAGUGAUAUCUCGCGAAAUUUCAUCUCUGUAUCACCUUCACAAUUUCUAUUAUCUUUUAUCUAUACUUUUCAGAAAUUUAUUGCUCUUGACAAUAGUCCUGAUAAUAAUAGAGCUAAGCAGCGCACAAUGGCGCCCUUGUAUAGAAUUCAAAGAAAAUUUUCACAUCCCGUGCAAGUGUUCAGAAUCUUCAGAGCACCCGCAAUCGUUUCGCAUGGACUGUGAUCGAGUGAUGCUCACCCGAGAGUCCUUGGAAUUGCUAAGAGACCAGCCAGUUAUUUCAAUGAGUCGUCGGUACAGCGGAUAUCAAAAAUUACCGGAAGAUUUAUUGAACCUGGGAUUCCAACUGGAGAAGCUUGAUCUCACCGGUAAUUCGAUUCAGCGGCUGAUGGAUCGCACUUUGCAGCUGCAGAGCACCUUGAAGGAGCUCCGGCUCGGGGACAAUUUGCUCGGCGACAAUCUCAAUCCCAUAUUUUCCAGCAACGAGUUUCGCGAGCUGUCUGAGCUGAAGCUCCUUGAUCUUCAUGGGAACGGGCUGAGUAGCAUUGAAGAGGGAAUAUUUAAAGGUUGCAUUUAUCUAGAAGACCUUAAUCUCGAUGAUAAUAAUUUGACAACCGUGCCAGCGGAUUCCCUCAAAGGUCCGCGGGCCAUCCGGAUCCUUUCACUCGCUGGAAAUAAUAUCGGAUUAUUACCAAGAAAUGCCUUUGGAAGUCUUGGAGAUUCUCUUUUGCGUGUCGACCUGAGUCGCAAUGAGCUAUUGCACAUGGAAGACAACGCGCUCGUUGGACUUAAGCACCUGCUCUUCUUGAAUCUCUCCCGCAAUGAUCUCACCAGAUUCAACAGCGACGUAUUCAAGGGUGCCCACAAUCUGCUACAAUUGGAUCUGUCGACGAACUUUCUCCAGGAAUUUCCAUCAGACGCACUCAGACAUCUGACGAGAUUGAAAAGCCACCUGUUAGAUCUAACAGAAUUGCAAGUAUUUGACCUGAGCCGAAACAACAUAGGUCGUUUGGGAGUGAACGCCUUUGCAAAUCUAACUGCGCUUGCACGUCUAGAUUUGAGCUUGAAUGCACUCAGAACGGUUGAAGAGUCAGCGUUCGAAGGUCUGGUGAAUCUUAAAUGGCUAUCUUUACAAGACAAUAACAUAUUACUCGUCCCAGGAGCAGCAAUUAGCCGGCUUCCGUCGUUGACUCAUCUCCACUUGGAGUUCAACCGUAUAGCAGCAGUUUCAAAUGAAUUACUAAGAUCCGCAGCGGCGAACCUAGUUUCUUUGGCGAUGACAAGAAAUUUAGUGCGUGAAAUCCCACCGAGGAUGUUUCUCAACUUUGACAAGUUAAUUAGCAUCGAGAUGUCGGGUAAUAUGUUGUCAUCAUUAGCGCAGCAGACUUUCGUAGGACUCGAAGACACGCUUUUGAAUUUAGACCUCUCUAACAAUCGUCUGGUCUCAAUAGCGCCGCUCGCUUUAAAAAAUUUACUUUCGCUAAAUUUGGCGUCUAAUCACCUGAAAAGAUUAACUCCAGACACAUUUGCUAAUUUAUCCAAGCUUAAAUACUUGAACAUAAGCGAGAAUCCUUUAUACGGAGGAUUUCCACCUGUUUUUCCAUCCUCAUUAGUAACACUAGAUGCUUCAAGAACGGGUUUAAAAAUUUUACCCACUGUUUUAUUACUCAACCUUGAUUCACUUGCCAAAUUACACUUGGCUUACAAUCAUCUCCAAGAAUUAGGCGAGGGAACUUUCCAGCAUCUCUACAAUUUAACUCACAUUGACUUAUCCAAUAAUAUAAUCGAAAGAAUCGACAAUGGCGCAUUUGUGGGUCUUAUAAAUUUGUACGAAUUGAAUCUCAAGGGCAACCGGUUGACCAAUUUUGCCGGAGAGUCUUUCAACACUGGAACUGGUUUGCAGAUAAUUGACUUGUCCGAUAACGCUAUAAGUUACAUAUCACCAACCGCAUUUGUUAUCCAUCCGCGACUUCGUAUUUUGAAGCUAAACGGCAAUAGAUUUGCUCGAUUUCCAAGCGAGUUUAUAAAACCUCUUCAAUUUUUGGAAAUGAUUGACCUAUCAGAGAAUGCGUUAAAAAACAUCGGCGAGUUUGCAUUCUCACAAAUGACUCGUUUGCGUGAAUUAGAUUUAUCUAAUAACAAAAUAGAAUCAGUGGAUGAAUUAGCCUUUCACAAUUCCACCCAAUUGCAAUUCAUUGAUUUAUCUAAUAAUGUAAUCGACAGUCUUAGUGAAAGAACAAUGGAGGGUGUAGUGAGAAUAGAACUAUUAAAUCUGCGUAAUAACAAACUUACAACAUUACCAGACACUAUUUUUGACCCCUCUAGGAUAAAAAUAGUUGAGAAAAUUGAUUUAGCGGACAAUAAAUUCGCUGAGAUUCCAAUUCGCGCCCUGCAACGGCAAUCAAUGACGCUUAACUAUCUAAAUAUGGCAAGAAAUAAAAUGUCUGCGGUGUUUACCCAAGAAAUAAUCGGAAGUUUGAAAGAUUUAGAUUUAUCACAAAAUCCUUUGAGUGAAAAUGCGAUAAAGAGUAUUUUAGGCGAAGCUAAAAUCUUAAGAUCGUUAAAUCUUGCGUAUACAAAAAUAAAGAGCAUAAGUAGGCUAGAGACGCCGUUUUUAAAGUCAUUAAAUUUAUCGGGGAAUAAUUUAUCCGAAGUGCGGCCUUCUGCUCUAGAGCGAGCUACGCUUUUAGAAACUUUAGAUCUUUCUAAUAACAAUAUUGAAGACUUUGCGAGUCUUGGGAAUACAUACAAAGCCCUUCCAGUGUUGCGCAACUUGGACAUAUCCAGCAACAAGGCGAAGAAUGUUAACGAGAGUAGCUUCGAAGGCUUGGAAAAAUUGCGCAAUCUAAAAAUGUCGAACCUCUUGCAAGUGACUAGAAUUGAGAAGAGCGCAUUUAAGAGUUUGAACAAGUUAAAAACGCUAAUUGCGUAUGACUAUCCGCGACUUGGGUACUUUGACGUCCAAGGAAUCCUCAAGGAAAUGCACGAUCUUGAGGUGUUAGACGUGGAGAUAAAGGACUCGGCAGUAGGAAAUGAUUUAUUGACAAUUAGACUUCACCCGCGGCUUCAAGAAUUGACUCUUCGUGGAGAAAGACUCAAGAGUAUCCUAUCAAGUGCGCUUGCUGGAGUUAGAAACUCUAAUUUGAAACUAGGACUUAAAAACUCAUCAAUCGAGUCUCUCCCCGCUGCAAUAUUCUUCCCGAUCCCAAGAUCUACUCAAGUGGAGCUUGAUAUCUCUGGAAGUAAGUUCACUUCAAUCCCAGCGCAGUUUAUCAGCGCUCUGGAUGAAAGAAACGGAAUGGUCAGGGUCCAAGGCUUAGACUCUAACCCGAUAAACUGCGAUUGCGAAGCUAAGCACCUUUGGAGGUGGCUCAGGAUGUUCUCCAAUGAUUUGCAGGUCCGCUGCAAAAGUCCGAUUCAUUUAUUCAACAAACAGCUAAUUGAUCUGACGGAAGAUCUUCUUUCUUGUGAAAGAUCGACUACUACCAGGUUCCCGACGACCCAGACGACAAUGUCGACUAGGUACACCGCCACCGCGUCUGAGCCGGACAUUAUCUGGACAGUUGCUCCGACUCCGCCGGAGACUAGGGGAAAGUAUCCGGAAAACCCUGCAGUGUCAGGGUCUAUGACUUCUGAUGAUACUCUGAUUUAUGUGAUUGCUGGGGUGGUUAUUUUUAUUGUGCUGAUUGUCGCGAUUAUUAUUUUCUCUAUGUGCUGGGCAAAGUGUUCUAGACAAGGUGGUGACCCGAGAAUGACCACCAUGGCUUCUAGUAUUCAUGAUGCUUCGGUGCUGAGACCUGGGAGUGUUUAUUCGGGGAAGAUUAAUCAUGAAGCCUAUGUUGGGUCUACUUAUAAUGGAUCCACACUGGGCCACGGAAAUACUUUGGGACACACUGGGCAUAAUACUCCGGUCCAAAUUUUGCCGUAUGUUCAGCCUAUGCAUGUCAUGCAUCCGGUUCAUGCUUCUACGCCCCAGCAACCUAUUUAUGGGUACUAUGGCGAGAAUCCACAUCUUCCGCUGUAUGUUUGUGCUUCUGAUGAUAAGUUUAAUAGGUAG